AUGAACAAAUACCAAAAAAUACUCUAAAACAUGUCAUUGAUGGCACUGUACCUACAACCUCCCUAAACAAUCAAAUACUAUAUAGAUGAAAAAUUAAAAGAGUUGAACUCUGGAUUCAUUUCAGGUAACGAAACAGAAGAAUUGAAAGACUUUUAAAAAAGAUUGGUAUAUUUUUGGACCCAGCAUCAUCAAAAUACAGAGCAAAACUAAUCCAAUUAGAGUCACAAUUUAAUCAAAAAAUGGGAUCUAAAUUUUGAGACAAUCUAGGAAUUUUCAGCCUUCAAAUCGUAAUUUGAGCUUGAAUUAAUGCAUUUAAAGAACUAUUAGCAAGAAUAAACACUAAGAGAAGUUACCUAAAAGAAUUUUAUUGAAGUUGUUUAUGAGAAUAAAAAGUUAUAUAAGCAAUUAGAAUAACUGGCUAGCUCAAAUAAGCUCUUAGAAGUAGAUAAAAAAAUGCUAGAGUAAGAAAUCAGCAAACUCAAAAGUGAAAUCUAGGAUCUAAAAAAUUAGAUCAAUACUAACACACUCUUUUAUAAGGAGAGCCAAGACUUGAAGUAGGCUAAAGUAGAGAUAGUUAAAUUGUAAUAAGACAAUUAAGUCCUAUAGAAUUAAAUUCAUAAAUUGUAUGACGUAAAUUAUUUCGAUUACAAUUAGGAAAUAGAACUUGAUAAACAGCAUCUCCUCUAAAAUUAAGUUAGGCUAUUAGAACAACAGAUGAAGUCUUAAGCUGAAUAGUUGGUUUCAGCAAAUGCAGAAAUUAAAUAAUAUACAAAUGAAAUUUAACAAUUGAAAGUAAAGAAUGCAAAGAUUAUCAACUUUAAUUUUGAAUCCUUAGGAAUAAGGAGCAUUCCUAUAUUCACUGGGGUGCAGUCCUAUCUAUAUGUUACAAUGUAUUUAUUGGAAUUAAUCACUCCUUUGAGUCAGAUUCUAAAGAUUAAUGAAAAGGUAUGUGUAUUGAUAUCUCAAUUUAUAAAUUACAUCAGAAAAGAAAAUGACUAGAUUUAAUCUUCAACAGCCACUUAAUUAUAGGAUUUGAUCAAGAUUUAAAAUUAGAAUGAUAACAAGGUUAAUGAUUUUUUAUUUUCAAUAAUCGAUUAUUUAACGAAAGUAGUAAUUAAAAAUGAAAAGGAAAAAUCAUAAAUUGCAUAGAUUAUUCAGACUGAUGACUCUCCAAUUUUUGAUAUGUUUUUCUUCUUAUAAAGAUUAUUUCCAAUUAAUAUAGAAAUUUUGCCAAAUGAAGUUCCACUAAUUAAUAGUAUCAAGUAUAUUAGAUAUUUCGAUACAAUCAUUACACCAUAAGGAGAGUUUUCAAAGUAUCUGAAUGAUUUGAUUAAAUUGGAGGGUCAGGAAAAUAAGAUCGAUGAUUAAGCAUCAGAUUUCAAUUUUAUCAUAUUCCCUUAAAUUUUGAUUUUCAACACUUCUGAACUAUCACUAUAAUAAGCAGACAUUAAGAUUUCUUUGAUUUUACCCAUUAGGUCUUUGAAUCCUGAAUAAGAUGAUAGUCAAUAUUAAUUGAUUAGUAUGAUACAUUGGAUUUAGGAGGGUAAUUAAGUAAAUUAUUGGAUUACUCUAUGCAAAAAUAAGAGUUGGAUUUAAAUCAAAUAGGAAAACGCUUAGAUAGUUGAUAUUAAUUCAAUAUUAACAUUCUAAUCCCCUCAUAAUGACAAGGAAUUACUAAUCUAUGAGAGGGUAAAAAUUUGA